UGGGGGGCACUUCCUGUUUUAUUUCGGCUUCGACUCGGGCGGCUGUUGUCAGUUUCAACAAAAUGGCUGCGCGAGCGCCGUCGGCGAGAGUCCACUGAGCACCGUAACAGCAGCGUUAGCUUGCCGUUUUCAUGGAGAUCUGGGAAGCGUUUUCCUCUCCAAGAAUUGGACGUCUGAAGAAUCCCCCCUUUUGGAUCUGAACUGCAUUUGCAUAGGUUAGCUAGCUGACGAUUAUCAUGUUUUAGUUAGUUAGCGAGCCAAGCAAAUGCCUGUUUUUUGCACUUUAAAAUAGCUUGCUCGCUUUGCAGAUGAACACUUAUAAAACGCGUAAACUGCUUGCUUUUCAUUCAAGAUUAUCCAGCUAACUAGUUGCUGCUUAGCUAGCUAUCCGGCAUAGCCGGUCAUGCCAAUUUUCGUUGUUUACAACAGCUAGCUUGCUGGCUGGCUGGUUAAAAUAAUAGUUAAAUAUCUCAGAUACAUUUUUUUCUGGUUUUGUGCAUUGGCGCUUUGUUUUCACUUUGCAGCUUUUUUGACGGAGACCCACAGUUCGGAGGAUCGUUCGCAUUCAGUUCCUUUUGAAACAUACCGAAUAGGUGUUUAAUGCAGAUAACCUCGGAGGAUGCUUGAGUUUAUAUGGAUAGGGAAUCGUAGGUGCGCCUGAGUUCCCGUCCGCCAGUCUGUUUCAUUAGCCACGCUUAAGAAGAGAAAAGGCUUUCCUGCCUGUUUUUUUCCCAUGCAACGAUCCUGUGUUGAAAGCUGCCAAAGCUCAACGUAUGAUCAUUAAGGAGGAGUGAGCGCCGCGAGACGAGAACCAUUUGAUGGAAGAGAAGAAAAGGAAGAAACAAGAGGAAAAGAGAAAGAAGGACUCUGCUCAGAAAAAGGCUGCCGAACAGAAAACCAAAGUGCCAGAAUCCGCCAGGCCUGCCCCCAGUCCUCCCACCCCCGCCAACCCCAGCGUGACUCCGCCCCUGUCCACGGUUAGCAGCAGUGGCAAUGGCAAGCGCACCCCCUCCAGCGUCCUGCAGCAGCAGCAGCAGCAGCCAGCCGCCCCACGCUACCCUCCCCGCGAGGUGCCCCCCCGUUUCCGCCAGCACGAGCACAAGCAGCUGUUGAAGAGGGGUCAGCCACUGCCCUUGGGGACCUUGCCUGUCCCAUCGGGGACGCUCUCUCCACCUCGCACCACCGCCAGCAAGCGGCCUGCAGAGUCACCCCACCAGAGCGGCCCGGGAGCCCAGUAUGAGAAUCCCCCCUGGGGACUCUGCAGCAGCAGUCGGAGCGACACCAGCUGGGAUCAAGUGAUCAUCGACGAGAGCGACGCCGAGGCGUGGCCUUCUAUCGUGCGUGGGGGCGACGGCCACGCCCCCCCAGGAUGCGGCGCGGACACUGACGCCGCGGCCGAGAGCAGCAGCAGCAGUGGUAGCAGUAGCAGUGCGAGCAUGGCCACAAGCGCCAGCCAGCAGGGCCACCUCUCAGGCCACCACUCCGGCAAGACCGGUGCCGGCCACUCCGGGAACCUCAUUACCAGCCAGGGUGGCUCCGGCCGGGGCUGGGGCUCUGGUCCUGCCCACAGCUCCCUCGCCGGGGACGGCAAAAACGACGUCCUGCCAGCGGGAGGCCGUGGCCAGCCCUGCUGGAGCUCCUCCAACUUUAACUUGAACCUGAAUCCUAAUGCCAACCCUGCCGCCUGGCCCAUGCUUGGACACGAAGGGGCCAGCGUGGGUACUGGGGGCUCGGCGGGGAACAACCCUCCUUCUCCCAACCUCUGCAGUCCAGUGGAGGGCCCACCGGCUCAGGGCAGUGGCAAUGGCAGUGUGGCUAUCGCCAAUGGCAACUUUGCAGGGAAUGGCAGUGGCGGCGGCAGCAGCGCCUGGGGGGGCGUGGCUUCGCCUGACGUCACGGAGCCACGCCCUCCCCCGCCCACGAAUGUGUCUUUCAGCAUUGAACCUCAGAACCUUAACACUGAUGGACCAAAUCACACUAAGAGAGAGCCACUGAGUCCAAUCCACAGCUUGCCCAGUUGGGGGGGGGCGCCUACAGCCAUGGGCAACGUAGUCCCGCCUUCCCAUGGAGCCCAGCAGGUCAACGGCGAGGGGAGCUCCGUCUGGGGCAAUGGGGAUAACAAGUCUCCCACUGGCAAGGAUUCCUCCUGGGAUUCUGCCCCAAGUAACUCGCAGGGGAUCCUCAACGCCUGGGGGCGUGCCGGGAGUGGGGGCUCGGCGGGCAGUACCUGGGGUCGCUCUCUGGGGGGGGACUGGGGCAAGCAUUCUGGGGAGGCUAAAGGGUGGGAGUCGGCCAACAGUCCUCCCCAGGAGCAGCACAACUCCUGGAGCUACCCUAGCAAUGCCCCUGCCAGCGAGGGUAGCAGCGACAGCCUGGAGGGAGGCUCCCACCGGAAGGAGAGGUCAUCUAGCGUGGACGCAGCGGUACCCCCUUUGCCGCGCCAGGACCUGGACCCCCGCGUGCUGUGUAAUACUGGCUGGGGUCAGAUUCCAGUGCGGCAGCACACCGCUUGGGAGAUGGAGGAGGCAUCGCGUGGUGACCACAAGAGCGACAUGGGCACCGAUGCCUGGUGCUCGUCCUCCGGCCCCGCAUCUGCCGGGCCGCCAGCAGCCCAGGAGGGACCCCCCGUCAGCGUUGCACAGAAGUCCGAUUUGAGCGGGAAGGGCGAGGGCCCAGGCACUGUGACCGCCUCAGGAUGGGGCACCGCUGCUCCGCCCCCUAGCCAGCCCGGCACCGGAUGGGGCGAGCAGCCAGUGAACAGGAAGGCUGCCAAUGGGUCUGGCGGCUGGGGCGAGUCCCACGCUGGAGGGCCAGGCUCCAGCAGCGCCAAAAACGGGCAGUCCUGGGGCGCCAAUGAGAAAUCUUCCGGAUGGGAUGACCCUCCUUCCAAGGCCAAAGCACAGGGCUGGGGCGAGUGCCCAAAAUCCUCCCAGGGCUGGGGCAACGGAGCCGGAGGCGGGAGCGGUAAUGCCGGAGACUGGGGAGAAUCCGGUGACGGGAAGAAGAACGGCACGGGGAACAUGUCCUGGGAAGGAGACGGCGGCGGCUGGAAGGAGACGUCCCGCGAAUGGGUGAAGCCUCCCACUGGGGCUGCAGGGGGCUGGGGAGACGCACAGCGCCCCGGGCCUCCGGCACAGGGAUGGGGAGGCACAAAGUCCCAGGAGGGCACUAAUGGAAACGGGGGAGGGAAGGGAGGGAACGGCGGAAAUGUGGGCUCCUGGGGGGGUCCAAACUCUGUGAAGCAGUCGGGCCCUGGCUGGGGAGCGGCCGGCGGCACGGGCCCGGGGGGAGGCGGCGGGCCGAAGCAGGAGUCAAGUGGCGAGCCCACUGGCUGGGAGGAGCCUUCGCCCCCCUCCAUCCGCCGCAAGAUGGAGAUCGACGACGGUACCUCAACUUGGGGAGACCCGAGCACUUACAACAAGACUGUCAACAUGUGGGAUAGGAACAAUCCUGUGAUCCAGAGCAGCCCCGCCUCUGGGGGCAACUCAGCCCCCGGUGGCGGGGGCGGCACCCAGCACCACCAUGAGCACCACCAUGGGCACCACCACCCGAGCCAUGCCCACGGCGCCCCCAGCAGUGGCAGCAGCAACGGUUCACCGAGCGCGGCCCCCCUUCACCAGCCGGGUGCAGCUCAGAACAGACCCCCUCUAGUGGCACCAGGCUGGGGAGAGCUGCCCAAUGUCCCGUCCAAGUCCGAAGGCUCAUGGGCCGAGCCCGCCUCCCCGGCCACCACAGUGGACAAUGGAACCUCGGCCUGGGGCAAACCCCCCAGUGGCUGUGGGAGCUGGGCCGACAGUGGGCACGAGCCGACCAGGUCCUACGGCAGGGGCAAUGCGGGAUCUGCUGCCUGCAAAUCAGCACCCAAAUCUAUGCAAGACAGCUGGGGAGGUGGUGGAGAGGAGCUGGGCGUAUCUGCGGGGCAGUGGGAGCACGACGACGGAGAUGUGUGGAAUAGUGCCACUUCGCAGGAGAGCAACUCCUCCUGCAAUUCUUGGGGCAAUCCUCCGAAAAAGGGGCCACCCAAGGGGAAGGCAUCCAACAAACAGGACGACACCUGGAUCAUGACUCACCUGGUGAAACAGCUGACAGACAUGGGCUUCCCGAGAGAACCAGCCGAAGAGGCUUUGAAGAGCAACAGCAUGAAUCUGGAUCAGGCGAUGAGUGCUCUGUUGGAAAAGAAGACUGAACUGGACAAGCGAGGGGUGGGAAUUCCAGACUACAACAACGGCCUGGUCAGCAAACCGCUGGGCUGCCGACCCUCGGCCAUUUCCAAAGAGUCCUCCUCAGACCGCGCCCCCUUCCUGGAAAAGGACGGCGGCCUGGCGGAAGAUACCCCCCCCUCACCGUUUAUGCCUUCUCCCAGCCUAAAGCUCCCACUGUCCAGCAGUGCCCUCCCCAGCCAAGUCCUGGGGGGAGUCUCCUCGGGGCUGACCAUGCAAAACUUGAACAACAGACAGAUGCAGAGUGGAAUGUUUGGCAGUACCGGAGCAGCACAAGCCCGGGCCAUGCAGCCCCCCCCACCGCCGCAGGCUCCGCCCACUCAGCCGUCAGUGCCGCCUCUCAACUCCUCCCAGCCUAAUCUCCGCGCUCAAGUGCCUCAGUUUCUCUCCCCUCAGGUUCAAGCACAACUCUUGCAGUUUGCAGCAAAAAACAUUGGUCUGAACCCUGCACUUUUAACCUCACCAAUAAACUCUCAACAGAUGACUCUGUUGUACCAACUACAGCAGCUGCAAGUGGCAUACCAGCGUUUACAGAUCCAGCAGCAGGUGAUGCAGGCACAGCGCAACGUCUCCGGGCCUCUCAGACAACAAGAGCAGCAAGUUGCACGUACAAUCACUAACAUGCAGCAGCAGAUCCAGCAGCAUCAGCGGCAGCUAGCUCAGGCCCUGCUGAUGAAGCAGCAGCAGGCGCCGCCCCCGCCGCCCCCCCAUGCCGGCCUGCACCCCGGCGCCGCCGCCGCUAAAUCAGCCCUGGACGGAUUCCCGGCCCACCCCCCCGCCCCGGGUCUCUCCGACCUGCAGACCAAAGAGCCACAGUCGUCUCCUAGCUCCUAUGCUCCCUACCAGCUCUCUGGACUGAACACCAACAUGAAUGUAAACUGCAUGGAGGUGGGCGGGCAGCCAAUGAAGGAGCCGCCUCAGCCUCAGUCCCGUCUCUCCCAGUGGACGCACCCCAACUCCAUGGAGAACUUGGCGGGAAACCCCGUCCACCUGGAACCCAACCUCAACAAACACGGUGCCAUCCCUGGGCCCAACCUGGGUCACCCUGGAAAGCCCCCCCUGGACGAUUCCUACAGUCCUUACAAUCUGAUGGCCAGCUCAGAGUCUCCCGCCAGCCCACUGGUGCCCCCAGACAGCUGGGGGCAAGGAAAGGGCGACAAGAUCUCCAACGGCACCAACAUCAACUGGCCGCCAGAGUUCUGUCCGGGCGUCCCCUGGAAGGGCCUACAGAACAUCGACCCGGAGACGGACCCCAACAUGACCCCCGGAAGCGUCCUGAGCGGGCCCACCAUCAACACCAACAUCCAGGACGUGAACCGCUUCCUGCUGAGAGACCGGAAUGGAGGUAAACUCUCGGACAGGAAGUCGGCCUGGUCUCCGGGCCCCAGCUUGCACACGCAGGCCUCGCUUUCCCACGAUCUCUGGAAGGUUCCCCCCGGUCCUCGCAGCACCGCCGCACCGUCCCGCCCUCCCCCCGGCCUGACCAAUGCCAAGCCCUCAUCCACCUGGGGAGGCAACACGCUGGGCCUGGUGCCAAACUGGGGCAGCUCUUAUCCUUCAGGUGGGGCCACCUGGAGCACCGACAGCUCCAGCAGGACCAGUAGCUGGCUAGUGCUGAGGAAUCUCACUCCCCAGAUCGACGGUUCCACACUACGGACCCUGUGCAUGCAGCACGGCCCCCUCAUCACAUUCCACCUCAACCUGACCCAGGGCAAUGCCGUCGUGCGCUACAGCUCAAAGGAGGAGGCUGCCAAGGCCCAGAAGUCCCUGCACAUGUGCGUGCUGGGAAACACCACCAUUCUGGCCGAGUUUGCUGGGGAGGAGGAGGUCAACCGAUUCUUUGCACAAGGUCAGUCCCUUACGCCCACCACCAGCUGGCAGGCCAACCAGGGCACCAAUCAGACACGGCUGGGAGGGGCCGGAGCGUCGCAUGCUAUGGGCCACUGGAACUCCGGCGGUCUCGGUGGUGGAGCCAAGGCUGGCGGCGAACUGCUAUGGGGCGGAGUCCAGCAGUACUCUAGCCUAUGGGGACCCCCCAGCGGUGAAGACACCAGGGUCAUCGGGAGCCCCACCCCAAUCAACACACUGCUUCCCGGGGACCUGCUGAGCGGAGAAUCCAUGUAGGAUCAUGUGCCACUCCCCCCGCA